UUGACACAUAUAACAGUUUCUAUCUCAAAAUCUGAGAAAAACAGAUUUGAACGAAGUUGAGGUGACUUUGCGGUCUCUCGUUCUCACCACUUUGUGUAAACGCAGACAAUAUAAAUGACCGAGAAUUGUAUUGUUAUGAAUUUAAAACUGCAUAGCUGAACGCCGCCGACGGCCUAGAUUUUCCUGAUAUUGGCUACAUGAAGCAAAAUAUUGGUUUGACAAACAAAAUCCAGCUUCGAUUUUUGAACUCCGAUGAUGUUGACGAAGUGAAAAGUCUUUGCUGCAGAUGGUUCCCAAUUAACUAUCCUGAUUCAUGGUAUCACGACAUCACGUCAAACGCGAGAUUUUAUUCCCUUGCUGCUAUCUUAAAUAAAAAAAUUAUUGCAAUAUUAGUUUCGGAAGUGAAGAGUAUCACGAAAUGCAACCCAGAGGAUGGCGGUAUUCUGGCAGGGAGAACAACUAACGAUACAAAGGUGGCAUACAUUCUUAGUUUAGGUGUAAUUAAAGAAUAUAGAAAGAUUGGUAUAGCGUCCCUUUUACUGAACAAUCUCUUUGGUCUGCUAUCCACAGAUGAGUAUUCGAACUGCAAGGUGGUGUAUCUUCAUGUUUUAUCGACUAAUUAUGUUGCUUUGAGGUUUUAUGAGAGGCAUAACUUCCGCCUGUUUCGCUACUUGCCUUGUUACUAUGCCAUCAAUGGACAACACAAAAAUGGCUAUCUUUAUGUACUUUACAUAAAUGGAGGAAAACCGCCAUGGACUGUUUCAGAUGUGGUGCAGUAUGGUGUCAGUUUCGUCUGCCGUAUACAGCCGUGUCAACUUCCCUGUAUAUUAGCCAAUAAGUUAUGGACCUGUUUCAUAAAGAUUACUUUUGAAAUUCAUCGAAGGUUUAAUCUUUUUCCUUUGGAUUCAAACCAAAAAGACAAUUAUAUUGACAAGAACGACUUGCUUCCAUAUUAAAUGUAAUAUUUGUACAGAUAUAUUAGGCAUAUUUUUAUUUUUAGUGUUUUUUGUAUUCUUCAUUUCCACCCUCCUCCAUCCCACCAAUGUGGCCACAAAACUUGAAAAGGUUGAAAUGAAAUAAAUUUAAAGACGUACCAAAUUGUACUUAUACGUAAAGACAUUUUACAAAGAAAUGAGCAUAUGAAAGCAA